AUGACCGACGGCAAGAUUAUGGAUCGUCUGCCCGCGACACGGACAGGGCGUAUCGGAGGUCGAGAGAAGAUGUCGAACCACGUUCCUAUAGCGGCCGUCGGAAUCAAGACUACCACGAAAGGGACCGCGAGAGAGAACGAGAGAGGGAUCGAGGGCGCUACGACGGCCGUGCCAGAGAUGGAGACUAUGGCAGGCUCUCGUCCUGACUCGCCGGUAGAUAAGGCAAAACCCAAUUUUGCGCCUUCCGGGUUGCUGGCUGCAGAGACGAACACGGUGAAAGCCGCAGAUGGGACAAGCACUGUCCUCAAGUACAAUGAACCGCCAGAAGCGAGGAAACCGCUGCUAGGAUGGAGAUUGUACGUAUUCAAGGAUUCUCAACAAACUGAGCUCCUCCAUAUCCACCGACAGAGUGCGUACUUGGUUGGACGAGAUAGACUGGUUGCCGACAUUGCGCUGGACCAUCCUUCGUGCUCCAAACAACAUGCCGCGAUUCAAUACCGGUAUGUCCAGGAAAAAGAUGAAUUCGGAGGCUCUAAGGGGACUGUGAAGCCCUUCGUCAUCGAUCUUGAAUCGACCAAUGGGACAAUCGUCAACGACGAGACCAUCCCCGCUGCGCGAUAUUAUGAACUGAAGGCAGGAGACGUCAUCAAGUUCGGUCUCUCAACGAAGGAGUACGUUCUCCUUCAUGAUGAAGCGUCCUAA